GACAUCAGGCGAGGAAACGAUCAAUCAUGCAGCCUAAAAAAGGAGAAAUUAUUUGCAAAAAAGAUACUCAAUGUGUAUUGAAUAUUAAUUUAAGAGCGUUGAAUAUUAAUCAAGCCUUUCAUUUUAAAGAAAUCUCACGUUCAACGCUUCUUUGCGAUUUAUCUGUUUAAGGUCGCUGGAAACAUCUCGCGUUACUCUCCGCGAAAAGUAUAUCGCAUCGAUUGAAAAGCCACGACCGUGUCUUAAGAAGCGAAAUGACAACGCGAGCGUUACGUUGGUCUUAAGAGCGUCUCGAUUAGCGAAGCACAUGUGGACGAACGCGAGCACUGCGCGGGCGCUCGCGCGAAAUGGCAGGAGGUCGUUGCAUUAAAAUAUAUAAACACGCGAGCGCGUGUAUAAUAAAUUGCGAAGACCCGGCGCGAAAAACAGGCAUCGCUCCGCUCCACAUUGCAUUGCGCUAAUUCUUAUGUAAUCGCACUGCCAGAAAUCCUGCUGUUGCAUCGAGCGCACCGGGACCCGUCAACUCCGUCGACACGCAUGACGGUAAAUGGCUCGAUAUGCAAAUUUAAGUGCAGGAAGAUCCAUCCGUUCGUUAAACGCCGCGAAGGCCUCACCGCGUUAACCCACGCGAAUUUUUUGAGCGUCGCGUUGCACGAGCGAUGAGCGUAAAGAAGGCUGCGACACCGCACGGGACUUCGCCGUCUUGAAGACUCCAGGUAGAAGCUAUCGGUCAAUUUCUUCUUUUUAUUCACUUGUCCGCACCCUGAUAUUCGAUUUGUAAAAUUAUGUUUGAGGAUUUCCUUGAACACUCGCUAUAAUCGCGAGCCAUAGUCGCUUCAAUAGAUCGCCACAAAAUAAUGCGAGAAGUUGGCGAUGAAGUAAACACUUCGCAGUUCAGAAUGUUAAAAAAGUCGCUACGAAAAGUCGGAAAGGUUAAAAAUGCAGGAAGUUAAUGAUGACAGGAUUUUUAAUGAACAAGAUGCAAAUUUUUAUGAACAGGGUGAAGGACAACGGACUGAUGAGUCGAUAGAUGAGGUGUCAGCGACUAAGGAAGUGAAAGAACUUGUCGCAAGUGGGAGACGUGAAGAAGCGAAUAAACAUAUCGCGGCAUUCUUGCGCGCGAAGGGUUUGAGUGGAGAUCUCAUAAAGAAGUUGAUUAAUGCCGAUCUCACGGAUGAAUAUGUCAGACUCUUAAGAGCUUUGGACUUUAAUGACGAUGAUAUCGGAAACUUACGAGAUAUAUGGCGGACAAAGAAUGAAGUCAGUAGAAGCGACGAUUUAACCGAUUCCAGUACGUCCGGCGACUCAUCGUUGGACGCGCAUAUGUCGCAGAGCAGUCUCUAUCUAAAAAGUGUUCUCAGCAAACCCUUGAUCAGAGCUCUUCGUGAGAUCAUAGCGACGAAACCGGCCGAUCCUGUGGAGUAUCUGGGCCACUGGUUACUCCACUUCAAAGUCAGUUUAUUCUGUACCAAAGAGAUCGUUUUUUAUAAUUUUGAAUAGAGAAUAUAUACAAUGAAAUGUCAUAAAAUUUACGUGCAAUCGUAUACAUAUGUAUAAAUUAAUACAAAUUGCUUCUUCUUUUCUUAUAUGGGAAAUAUAAAUCUUAGGUUUGCGAAGAACGAAGUAUACGUCAAAAAGAAGAAGAAUUUGAGCUAUUGAUCAAUAGAGAAAAAUUAAGAAUAAAAGUAUGGACGAAUAAUGUUUUUAUCAGCUGUUAUCAGUAGUAUAUGUCACUUUAUAUAUCGUAUAUCCCCACAAAAACGUACGUCGAAUUCACGUCGAAUCCACGUAGAGUUCACGUGGAAUCCACGAAAUCACGUGGAUUCCACGUGGGUGUAACGUGCAUGUUUUUGUGGGGUAUGUCACUUUUGAUAUUUUAAGAUCAUUUGUUUUCUGUACAAUAGAAGAUUGAAGACAAAGGACUUCUUCCUAUCAAACAAAAGGAAGAAGAAGAACCUGGUGAAGACUGGAGUUAUCUCCAUUACGGAGAAUCACAAAUUGAUAAUGUUUCUAAUUUAUAAAAUAUAUGAAUAUAUAUAUUCAUUAUAUUAUAAAAUAUAAUGAAUUGGAAC